CAAGAUACUCGCGCGCACGGAGCGUGAGGGAGAGGUUAAUAACAAUAAAUUAUUCGUUAUAAACAUUAUCACAUGUAACACAUGUAAACAAGGUUUUGCACAGAUUAUGUUUAUCGCCGAAGUGAAGUCAGUCGCGUUCUGAGACCGGCGCAGAGACAUUGUGUGUGAGUCAUUGUGAAUCGUUAUAAGUGAUGUGGUCGCCCAGUGAGCAGGGCAUGUCCGGCUCGGAGAUGGCGGUGGUGUCGAGCAUGCCUCCCGCGGAGCUGGUGGCCCGGACGACGCCCGUGGUGUCCACCAUGAACAUCACCAAAUCGUCGGGGGUGCACAUAGGCCCGAAGUUCGUCUCGGUCACGCAGAACGUGGAGAACGCUGAGCUGGUAAAGGGCCGAAUACUGGGCCUAGAGUUGGUGGCGCCGGUGAAAUCUAACGGCCUCCGCUGUAGCGUCGCCGUGUUUGUUUGCUGGGCUCUCGUGGUGGCCGUCGGCCUCGGCCUCUACCUCUUCCAACUCGCCACCAAGCCCACCAGAUUAGACCUAGGUCUAAAUGAAACCUGGUAUUUCCGACGUGACGAUUGGCAAGCGAUGCCUCCGUACAACACAGAAUACCUGUCCCUACCAGUAUACAAGGUUGUCAUCGGCCACACGGGCGCGGGCUAUUGUAACCAGACUCGCCGCUGCAUUGAGACAAUGCUAGCAACACAACAAGACAAUCUACGAAGAGAUUUGGACGAUAUCGUCCCUAAUUUUUUAAUCGGCGGUGAAGGAACGGUUUUCGAAGGGCGAGGAGCAAACGUAGUAGGGGCAAUGUUGAAGGGUUACAACUCAAAGAGUGUAAGCAUCAUGUUCAUGGGAGAUUACAAUACAGAUAUGACAGCUGAUAUCCAGUUUGCACACUUGAAGAUUCUGAUAGAGCAGCUGGUGAAGGACGGCGUGCUGGACCCAGACUACGUGGUGCACGGCCAGUGCCAGUUGUCGCCGGAUACGGUGCAGCCGGGACGACACGUGUUGGAACACUUACACGAAGUGCCGCAUUGGAACCCCGCGAACACGGAACAUUGUCUUAAAUAUUUUAGGACUUCGUAGGUAACACAUACUGUAAACUAAAAAAACUAUGGGACGUGAAAUGUUAACAAACUAUAAACUCAAAAGUCCUUGGAGCCUCUAGUAUUUUGAGUAAAUGAAAAGAGAGUAUUAGUUACUAGACUAAAUAAAUAGAUACUUUAAACUAGUGUUUCUAAAAAUUGCUAUUCUAAAUUUUAUCAAAGUAGUUUUAAAUUCAUUUUACCCUCGGUUACAGAAAAUUUGUCAAAUUCUAGGCACUGCAGACUUGCAGUGUACAAUUUUCGUAGAUUGAUUCACGAAUGUACUGGGCACCGGGUCGCUAAGUCGCUAUGGGUUCUAUUUACUACGUGCACUCUAAAUAGUCUACCUCUCGCGACGAAUGGUAGUCCCUAUAUUUCCUCCAAGUUUCUCUUGGUUGGGCUAAAUUAUAAAAUACUUGACUACAUAUGUUUUAACCGUAUUUUUAAUAAGUACUUAAAUGAUAAAUUUCCAGAAAAUGUCUACACACAAUUUACGUGACAUCUACUCCAUCAUUCGACACGAGAGGUAUACUCGAAUGUUUAAAUACAAGAAGAUAACGUAUUGUAAUUAUUAUAAUUAUAUAAUUGUUUUUUUAGUUUAUUUAUAAAAGAAACAUUACGAUAUAAGUAACACAUGGACCGCGAUUUUUUUUAUCGAUUUUUAUUUCGUUAGAACUGGAUUAAACCUGGCUGAUUUGAAAUUCUCAUUCUGGGUGGAAUAAAUAUAUAUAAAAUCACUUGCCCCGAAUAAAACCUACGUAAUUUUCCUUUGGGUUACGAAAAUACCAUACGUUUUAGUUUGGUUUUAGUAACUUAGAGGAGGAUUUUUGGGACAUACGGUGAAAUUGCGAUUAUAUUUUACAGAAUAGAGGAAACUAACUCUAUCCAUCCACCUUAUCGAAUUCUGAUAGUACGAGCCCAAUUCCAAUGAAAAACCGCAAAUCGAUGAUCGAUCUACAGUUUAGCCAUUUCGCAAUUCUUAAAAAAAUCCCUUAGUAGGGGAGUGCUAUCAUACUUUUUAAUGGGAUUUUUUUUUUUAGAAACCGUUCGUGUGGUAUCUUUCAAUUAAUCAUCAAAAAAAAUUUUUCCCAUAGAAAAAAAAUAUGACAGCCCUUCUAAGCGAAUUUUUUUUAAGAACUGCAGGCCAAAAAAAUAUGUUUUGUAUGCGUGUGCCAAACGGCUAAACUGUACAUCGAUUUGCGGUUUUUUUUUGCGUACACCUUCACUAUGACGAAAUAAAAGUUCGACAACAAAAAUAAUUGGCCCAGAUUCAUCUUUAAGCUCCACUUGCACCAUCUCACUAACCCGGGGUUAACCGGUAACUCUAGGUUUAACCGGUUAACCCUGGAUUAGUGAAUGGUGCAAGUGGCCCUUUGUGUAUUCGAACGCAUCCUAAUGUGUACUGCAGUAUUGUAUUGACUAUACAAUUUGGAUUUCAGUAGCCGUACUCGCACUGGUGUAUUGGUGCGACUGAGAUAGAGAGGGAAUGCGAUCGAGUUCACGCAGUCGCUAACAUAAAUGUCAAGUGUCAACUCGCGGUAACCGUACUGUAUCCAUGAAGUUAUGCGACGUAUGGUAAUUGUGAAUAGAAGAUAGAAGAUGACAUCAUAGGCAUCAUCCCAUUGUAUAUUUUUAUUAUUCUAUGUUAUCAUAAGUGUGUCACUUUGAUGUGGGCAUUGCAAAAUGCCGGCUUUGUCUUUAUGGUAUUAGUAGAUUAACUUAGAUUAUCUAGUCUAGACUGAUAGCGAACAAAUUUCGCUGCCAAUUGAUCUCCUAAUUAAAUGUUGUGUUUAUCAGUAAAUAACCCACUUU